UUCCAGCUUCGAAUUCUACGCACAAAAGCGAAGAACAAAGCCACGGGCUUUUUUCUCUCUCUCUCUUGUCGUUUUCUCAUACAUUCGUCUUUUUCAUAGGAUCAAUCUCAAAUCACAACCUGAACUUUCUGUGUGUUUACAUUCUCGUUUCCGAGGAGAAAAGUCUCGAUCUAUUGGAUCUGAGAGCUGUGGAGGUUUAGUCUUGCGGGUUGACUUGUGGAAGACUCGGGGGUGUGAGUCGUGUCUUGGGAUGGAUGUCUCUCAUCUUCAGUAGCUCUUUGAGAGGUUUUUUUUUAUUUUGGUCUUGUUUAGCAUUCGUUAGAUUCGUAAUUAGAAAUAUACAAGAGAAUGUCGUCGAAGCAUCAUAGAGGAGGAUUAGAGCUCUCUGCUUCGAAGAGUUUUGUCUCAAAGAAAUGGACUUUAUUUCUCUGUAUCGGAUUCUUCUGCGCGGGAAUCCUCUUCUCCGACAGAAUGUGGCCGGAGCCUGAAGCCAAUCUUGUAUCAAGGGACACAGUAGCGUCAGAUGAACGGCUGCGGUUGGAGUCAGAGGACUGUGAUUCAUCAAAAAAGGGUUUGAAGCGUGAAUCAAAAGACAUCCUUGGAGAAGUUUACAAGAGUCCAGAUGCCAUUCAAACGCUUGAUAAAACGAUUUCAACUCUGGAAACAGAAUUGGCAGCUGCAAGAGCCGCACAAGAAUCCAUCAUGAAUGGUUCACCCGUUUCUGAUGAUUUUAAGCUCCCUGAAACUGUCACCAAAAGAAAGUAUCUGAUGGUUGUUGGAGUAAAUACCGCGUUUAGCAGCAGGAAGCGCAGGGAUUCAGUUCGUGCUACUUGGAUGCCUCCCGGUGAGGAUAGAAAGAAGCUCGAGGAAGAGAAAGGGAUCGUGAUGCGGUUUGUAAUAGGCCAUAGUGCCACUCCGGGUGGAAUUCUUGAUAGAGCGAUUCAGGCUGAAGAAAGUAAACAUGGAGACUUCUUGAGGCUGGAUCAUGUUGAAGGUUAUCUAGAGCUGUCAGCAAAGACUAAGACUUACUUCACCACCGCUUUUGCACUGUGGGAUGCAGACUUCUAUGUGAAAGUCGAUGAUGAUGUGCAUGUAAAUAUAGCCACACUUGGAGCAGAAUUAGCGAGAUACCGGAUGAAACCCCGAGUCUAUAUUGGUUGCAUGAAAUCUGGACCCGUUCUUGCUCAGAAAGGAGUGAGAUAUCAUGAACCCGAGUACUGGAAAUUUGGAGAAGAGGGUAACAAAUACUUCCGCCAUGCCACGGGUCAGCUCUAUGCAAUUUCCAGGGAAUUGGCGUCUUAUAUAUCGAUAAACCAAAACGUCCUUCACAAGUACGUGAAUGAGGAUGUCUCUUUAGGAUCAUGGUUUCUUGGAUUGGAUGUGGAGCAUGUAGAUGACCGUAGGCUAUGUUGUGGUACAACAGAUUGUGAGUGGAAGGCUCAGGCAGGCAACAUCUGUGUUGCCUCGUUCGAUUGGAGCUGCAGUGGGAUUUGUAGAUCAGCGGAUCGGAUGAAGGAUGUACAUCGGAGGUGUGGAGAAGGCCCAAAUGCUCUCUUGGCUGCGUCUUUCUGAAUAAAAUAACAGAAGAAACACACUGAGGAAGAAGAGUACAGAGGCAAAAUCCGCUUGACACUUUGUAGUAUAGGCACACAUUCCAAACUGCUCAACACCCUCUCUAUAUAUGUAUGUAUGUAUCUUGUGAGGUGAGAUGAGAAGGGUGCUUUUUGCCCUCCUUUCUUGUUUCUGUAUGAUUUUUUGUUUCUUUCCAUUGUCUGAAGGUCUGGAGUUCUUUGCACAACAGAAAAUGCAGACUCCCUGAGCUCAUCUUCAGAGUCAAGUUUUGAGCUUUUCUUCUUCAGUUCUUUAUGUAUUUGCUUCUUUUGUUCAUUUUGUCUUUUGCCAUGGUUGUGGUGAAGCAAUAGCUGUACUUGUGUGUUUGUGUUAGGAACACAACACUAUUCAAUAAAAGACUUAGACCAUAUUAAAAGAAAA